AUGGCCGAGGACGACGCAAACUCGGCAUCGAGCCACGACGACGGCUCCAGUACCGACGAGGCCACGCCUGCCGUUGCCUCGUCGUCGCAGAACGGCUCUGAGCAGGUGGCCGGCAAGAAGCGCAAGCGGGCCAAGUAUCAGAAGACGUCCUGCGAGCUCUGCAAAGCGCGCAAGGUCAAGUGUGACCGCGCCGAGCCCGCUUGUUCAUGGUGCGCGCGGCACAACCGGACCUGCGUCUACCUUGAGAGGCAGAAGCCGGGCAGCCGCAUCGGCUUUAGCCUAGAGCUCGAGGCCAAGGUCAACCGCAUCGAUGCGUUACUGCAGAGCCUGGGGCGCCGCCUUGUAAGCCCGUCAUGGGAUGCAAAUGGCGCCGACAACUACCAGGAUGCGCGAAUGCCCCCCCAUGCCAACACCAACUCACCUGUGGUCAACAACGCGUAUGCCCACACUUACCCGUCCUCUACCUUUUCAGCCUCUCGAAGAGGACCCUCGUCCAUAUCCGCCGUCAACGAUUUCCCCCCUCACGACAUUGUCUAUACCAUCGUCGAUCUCUACUUCAAGCACUGCAACCCCUGGUGCCCCAUCUUGGACCGCAAAACCACGUUCGGCCUCUUUUUUGGGUCGACAUCCCUCAACGAGCCGGACCGUGUGCUUUUACAUGCCAUCGUGGCUACGACCUUGAGGUUCCUCAAAGACCCUCGGCUGUCCCCGGAGAUGAGAGCCCAUCAUCAUGCCGUGUCGAAACGAAUCGUGCAAAUGUAUACGAUGGAAAACGUGAGCGUCCCCGCGCUCAGGGCCUUAAUCAUACUUAGCUUGGAUGAACUAGGCACCUCGAACGGCCCCAAAGGCUGGAACCUCCUUUCACUUCUGGCACAAAACGUCAAACAGCUGGGGCUGUGCGAAGAAAGCAGCGUCUACCUCUCCGUCCAGUCUGACAAUCUGCCGCACACGGGGUCCAUACGAAGAGUCACUGCUGGACGGCCGGACUCGUGGAUUGAGGAUGAAGGGCGGCGGCGGAUGUGCUGGAUGGUGUAUCUGCUUGACCGAUACGCAACGAUAGCCACGACAACCUUUGACUUUAUGCUGGAAGACAGAAAGAUGCAAAGGGUUCUUCCGAGCUCUUAUGAUCUCUUCUCCAGAAAUGUUCCAGUCGAGACGCGGUCUUGGGUAUCGACAUCCCAGCCGUACGGCACGACGGGAUAUGCCACCAAUAAGCCGGAAAAUCUGGGCAGCUUCUCGUACCACUGCGAAAUCCUGAGGAUACUCAGCAAAGUGCACGAGUUUCUGAAGACGCCUCUCGACAUCACAUCUUCACCCGAUGUGGCCAGCUGGCGAAACACGUACCGAUCUUUAGACAGCGCACUUGACGGCUGGCUGAGGAGCCUGCCCAGCGACUACAGCAAGAUCUCGGCGCUCUGCCACUCUGACCCGGGGAGCCGAGUGGCAAACUGGUUCAUGUUGCACGGCGCCUACGUUACGUCUGUCGUGCGACUGCACUCCUCAGCGGCGUAUCCGACCGUUAGGUCGCACCUUUUCGUCCCCUCGUAUUACGCCAUGCAGCGGUGCUUGUCCGCCGUUCAGAGUCUCGCAGACAUUGCCCGAGAUGUGUUUGAAGCAAGUGGUUUGGAUAAUCUCGGGCCUCCCUUCAUCUUUGGUCUCUGGGUUGCCGCAAGGCUGUUGCUCGUCCAUGCGGCCUCUAUCGGCUGCCCUGUCGACCCCAAGAUUGAGUUCUUCAUCGAGAUUCUCGGUCAUAUUGGGCAAUACUGGGAGGUUGCCAACAACUAUGCCAAAAUUCUUUCCAGAGCCGUCCAGAGAGGGCGGCAAGGAGACAUGAACUUUACAGCCAUGCGAAGGAGCGCGCACGAUCUUGCAACUUUGACAUCAUCAACGCGACAAUCGGGCUCGGAGCCGACAUCGACACAAGUGACUUCGCUAAGCGAGCUGGACAACAUUGACAUUUUCGACUUCUUCAACUACCCAAAAUUGCUGGAUCCGAGAUCAUCGAAUGGCCAAGCAUGGCAUACCCAGGGCGUCAACGGGUUGACUGGGGAGUCUAUGAGGAUGCCGGAUCCCGAGUCAGAUUGGUUAGGGUACAACUCGCAGUUUCAAUAA